AUGAGCAUCACCAUGCGUCAAAAAGAUCUGCGCCCAGCCCCUGCUCUAAUUGAGUACAAGGGCAUGAAGUUCCUAAUCACCGAUCGACCAUCAGAUAUAACAAUUAGUCAUUACGUUAUGGAGCUAAAAAAGAACAAUGUCAACACUGUGGUUCGUGUGUGCGAGCCCAGUUACAAUACCGACGAGCUCGAGACACAAGGCAUUACUGUCAAGGACCUGGCCUUUGAGGACGGAACCUUCCCGCCUCAACAAGUCGUUGACGAGUGGUUUGAGGUCUUAAAGGAUAAAUAUCAACAAAAUCCGGAGGCUUGCGUUGCCGUUCAUUGUGUGGCUGGUUUGGGACGAGCUCCUGUCCUGGUUGCAUUGGCACUGAUCGAAUUGGGCCUGAAAUACGAGGCAGCUGUGGAAAUGAUUAGGGAUAAACGACGUGGCGCCAUCAAUGCCAAGCAGCUAUCCUUUUUGGAAAAAUACAAGCCAAAGGCGCGACUAAAGCACAAAAAUGGCCAUAAGAAUUCAUGUUCUGUGCAAUAGAUUUCCAAAACCAUAUGUAUAUUCCCACCAGAUAAAAAGUGUUCAUUUUUUCAAAAACAAAAAAAGCAAGCGGACAGAAAAGUAAAGAAAAUAUGAAUUGAUAAGCAACAAAGCGAGAACGGAAAUAAACAAGUACUACAGAGAACCCAAAAAACAUAGUCGGAGAAAUUGAAUCACAGCCCCAGUUAUUAUUAACCUCAAAUCUCAAAAUGAAAUGUAUUGGCAACAAUUGUGUAAUUUGUAUGUAUUAAUUAAUGUAAAUUAUUGUUAUUUUACGAUUCGAUUCAGCCGCCCUGUACCAAGCUAAAAAAAGAGUUUAAUUUUGUACCUACAGCAUAUAUAAACGGACUUAUACGCAUAUAUAUUUAAUUAUGAGCGGCCCAUAUACCCCAUUAAAUGGUUGUAGAAGGCUCGUCAAAGUAGUUAAAUACUGUUGUUCUGGAAAAGACUAUUCAGGAUAAACAAAUUAAUUAAAUGUUAAAUGAAAAAUCAGCAUACAAAAAAGAAAUGAUUACAAAAUUCUUCAGAGAGCUAUCUUCAUAAAAAGUAUAGGGUGAAGAAAAUGAAAUAUCUACUUAACAGUCAUAUGUCUAAACGGGAAAAUGUACUUAAUCGCAUAUUUGUUUGCUGUUUACUUUUUUAUUUUUACUGUGGACACUUUUUAGCUAAUAACGAAGCAAAACAUAUUGCUAAAUAGAUAUUUGAUUUUUAACUUACCUUAUGCUAAAUUCAUUUAUUUAUAUUAGAGCCUUCUUUUCAUAUGCUACACAUAUUGCUUAUUUCAACACUACAAUACCAAUCAGCCUCGCACUUGUAUGCAUUUAUCAUAUGCAUGCAUGUGUGAUUGAAAAAUAUAAAGCUAUAUAUAUUAAUAAAUAUAUAUAUGUAUUAAAGAACUUCAAAGUUUUACAUUAAUGACUACAUACAUUCAAACUCAACAAUUGCAAGCAGUAACCAAGCAAAUAAAAAAAAUACUUCAAAACAGCAGUAGGAAAAAAAAAAAUUGAGAAAAUGAACAUGAAAAAAAAAUGUAAUCUUAUUGUAAACAACAAAUUAACAAAUAAUAGUGUGUGAGAAGAGGACGAUGAAAAAGCACGAAGAAAAAACACAAGCCGAAAAUAAAAACAAAUACAAUGCUUACAAAAUAA